AGCCGGUACCAUCUCCGCAAAGUCUGAGUUGCUGGCGCUGGGCUAGGGAAGGGGGAGAAAGCCGAGCCAGGCUCAGCUUUGCAUCCACCCAUAGGGCCUACCAAAACCCAGAAGAAGAUCGCAGCUUGGGCGUCGGAGUCACCUCCUGGGCAGCCUACGAGGUGAGAGGCCCUGAGGAGCAUGGGGCAGGUUAUGGGACUCCUGGAGCUGGAGGCUCCAUUUCGCUCUCCCCAUAGCAACCCCAGAGAAGCUUGAGCGCUCAGAUGGCUAACAACACGGGAAUAAGCGCCACCGAACUCGUGGGCUCGGUGGGGUUGAUCCUGGCCAUUCUCGUAGAGGUGGGGGCCGUGCUGGGCAAUGGCACGCUGCUCGUGGUGGUGCUGCGCACUCCCGGGCUGCAAGAUGCCUUCUACCUGGCGCACCUGUGCGUUGUGGACCUGCUGGCAGCCGCCUCCAUCAUGCCUCUGGGCCUGCUGGCCGGGCCGCCCGGGCUGGGGAGUGUGCCCCUGGACCCCUCAUCAUGCCGGGCGGCACGCUUCCUCUCAGCGGCUCUGCUCCCCGCCUGCACACUCGGCGUGGCUGCUCUCGGCCUGGCGCGCUACCGUCUCAUAGUGCACCCGCUGCGGCCAGGCGCGCGCCCGGCGCCAGCGCUAGUGCUCACCGCCGUGUGGGCGGCGGCCGCGCUCCUGGGAGCGCUCUCCUUGCUCGGGCCACCUCCCGCGCCACCACCGGCUCCGGCUCGCUGCUCCGUCCUGGCCGGAGGACUCGGGCCCUUCCGGCCGCUCUGGGCCCUGCUGGCCUUUGCGCUGCCUGCCCUGCUACUGCUGGCCGCCUACGGUAGCAUCUUCCUGGUGGCGCGGCGCGCCGCUCUCCAGCCCCCGCGAGGGACACGGCUCCGCUCCGACUCUCUAGACAGCCGCCUCUCCUUCUUACCACCCCUCCGGCCACGUUUACCCGGGGGCAAGGCGGCCCUGGCCCCAGCCCUGGCCUUGGGCCAGUUUGCAGCCUGCUGGCUGCCGUAUGGCUGUGCAUGCUUGGCACCCGCGGCUCGCGCUGCAGCAGCCGAGGCGGCUGUCACCUGGGUAGCCUACUCCGCCUUCGCGGCUCACCCCUUCCUCUAUGGCCUGCUGCAGCGCCCGGUGCGCUUGGCGCUGGGCCGUCUCACUCGCCGGGCACUGUCUAGGCCCCUGAAAGUCCGUAUGCCGCAGGCCUGGCACCCGCGGACACUCGUUCAGCGCCUUCAGGGGCUUCGGAAGGGCCCAGGGCAGGCACCAGAACAGACCCCAGAAUUGGCAGGACAGAACUCAAGUGUGCCAGAAGCCACCUGAGAGAUUUCUCCUGGACUGGAGAAGGAAGUGGGACCAGGGGGCCACAUCUCCCCCUGCACAAGUCGUGGCAGGUACUCUGCCCGGACUGCUGACUGAAACGGGAGAGAGGGUGGUACUUAACGUAGUCUAGUGAGGUUUCUCAGGAACCUGAUUCUGAGCCCAAUACUACCUGUGUUCCUUUCCUGGGGCCUCGGCUUUCCCAUCUGUACCCUGUACCAUCUCCUAAGGACCCCUCCAGUGUAUGCUUUUUAAAUUCAUGGGUACUCCCUGGCCCAGAGGGGAGAAAUGCAGGCGUGGGCACAGAAAGAAGGGUCCUAAGAGCUCACAGCCAAAGGAUGAGGGUCCUGGUUACAGCCACAGCAGGAGGAACCAGUGGGGAGACAUUCAGAAGAUAUCCCCGCCAUCUGUGCCAUUACUCAGACGGCUCAGCAAACAGCCCGACUGGUUUGGUGCUGAAGACAGGAGACUGAACACAUGACCCCUGAAAGGGCCCUGCGAUUUCACCCCAGAACUGACAUGUGGAAAGGGCUGUGGAUCAACUGGGGCUGCA